UAAAAAAGAAUAGCAACAAGAGGAGAUGCAAGUUAGUCUAAGAAACGGUCGAAACGCAGUACAAUAGAAAAUGAAAAUAGAAAACGAAAUCAGAAAAAAAACGAAUAAUUAUGAAAGCGAACGAAGACCGGAGAGACGUAGAGGUGAGGAGGUCAGCUGCGUGAAGGUGAACUCAAAAGAAAUUCUCAAGUUCUUAUCAUUUUCCGCUUUUUCUUGUUCAUGUCAUCGGUGUAGUAAACGAUAAAAAAGCUCAUAUGAAAAUGGCAGUUGACGACGAUGGCGAUGUUCUCCCUGACCGGGAUGCAGCAAAGGGAUUCUAUGCCAAGUAUGAGCCCAAAGAAGUACUUGGACGAGGAGGUUGUUCUGUUGUCAGGCGCUGCAUUGAGAAAGAAACAGGUCAACAGUUUGCUGCCAAGAUCAUUGACCUGAGUGACUCCUCCACCGAUGGGGUAUACGAAGCCACAAUGCGAGAGGUUGAGGUAUUGCGUCUGGUAGCUGGACACCCUUACAUCAUUGAACUCCAUGAUGUAUUUGAGUCGUCUACUUUCAUCUUCUUGGUGUUUGAAUUAUGUGAGCAUGGAGAACUUUUCGAUCAUCUGACAACUGUUGUCACCCUCUCAGAGAAGAAAACAAAAGUGAUUAUGCGACAACUGCUCGAGGCCCUUGCACAUGUCCACGGCAAGGGAAUUGUACAUCGUGACUUGAAGCCAGAAAAUAUUCUCCUAGACGAUAACUACAAUAUUAAACUUACAGACUUUGGUUUUGCGAAGGUCUUAGCCCCCAGUGAAACUCUCACAGAACUGUGUGGAACACCAGGCUAUCUAGCUCCUGAGUUACUGCGGUGCAAUAUGAUCGAGGGUUCACCUGGAUAUGGCCAUCCAGUUGACUUAUGUUUGUGGUACGCCAGGUUACUUGGCUCCAGAAGUCCUUCGCGUUGCCAUUCAGUUGAUAUAAUUCUUGUUCUUCAGAAUGUGAAAUACUUCCUUAUUUCAGAUGCUCCAAAGGACCUCAUAUCGAAACUCCUGGUAGUGGAACCAUCAAAGCGCAUCACUGUCACAGAAGCCCUCGCCCAUGACUUUUUCCAGAUUCUGCCUAGCCGGAGUCAAAUUAUUGGGGUCACUCUGGUGGAAGAGCAAUACAAAGGCCGUCCGUUCAAUGCCAAGAAGAUGUUCCAGUUUGGCAUCAUGUGUGUGCGCGCAGUGAUUCGAAUCCAAAGACUUCGGUUUACGCCCGAACCUGUGUCUCUCGCUGUCACCCGGGUUGAUCCAUAUAGGAUUAAGGCUCUACGCAAGGUUAUUGACAACUGCGCCUUCCGUGUUUAUGGCCAUUGGGUGAAGAAAGGAGAGGGACAAGACCGUGCUGCACUUUUCCAGAACUACCCCAAGCUCGAUUUUCCUCGCAGUCCAAUGGAAGCGCCCCUCAUUGUUGGCCAGUCGUAAAGGGAAAACAUGUUAUAUCAAAGAUCAUCACUUUUGUAGCAUAUAUUUUAUCUUGGACUUUCCUUUGAAAACCUUUAAUGGUAGUAGAUCUGAAAUUUCACCUGGACAUAAAGAAAAGGUUUUCUUCAUUCGCAGCUCUUGAGAAAUUACUUUUGGUUAUUUUUAAUGACUCUGCAGAUGUGGCUCUUGGCUGGAUGUCUGUUGUGUGUCAGAUUUUAUUAACAUAAAAUAUUUUUUAAGUUAACCUUCUAUCAAGCCUUUCUUUAGGAAGCAGAUGAUUUUUAACCUCUCUUUCUCUUUUUUUAUUUUCUGCCUCAAAAGUAAGUCAGUAGCACAAGCAUUGAUAUCACUUACAUGACAUUAGUAAUGUGUUUUAUCAGAGGAAUUAAUUUUAAUAUGUAUAUAUACAUACACAGUUACAUGUACAUUAAACAUGAAAAUAGGGAAAAGAUUCUCAUAUGAUUGGAAUGGUCCAAAGAUAAGUAUAGAAAUAAAGGCACUUUGUAAAAAUUUAUUCAUGACAGCAAUAAUGAUCUAUUGUGAUUGAUUUUUAAGUCUGAUUUAUUUUUAUUUUACAGGAAUUGUUUGAGUUGUAAGUGAAAAAAAUACCCAAGGCUUGAGGAUGUCUAUGCAAAAUUUAGUUUUAUGAAUUUUGAUAGAGCAAUGCUAAUUUGGUUCGUUUUAUUGUAUUUUUGUAUAUAGUAUAGGAUGUAUGGCAUUACCUUUUGCCAUUUUUUGGGAAGACUGCAAGAUUUGUGAUGGCAUUUGUAUAACAAUAUUGAUCAGUCUUCUCUGUUUUUUUUAGACAUGAUUUGAAAUACUCUUAACUCUGCUCUUUGAAGUGUUAUUUGAGUCUUUAAGUGGUUGUUCCUGAAUGUUAUUGUUAUUAUUAUUUAUCUUUUUAUUUUUGUUUAAGAUUAUUAAAAAUUUUAAAAGAAGAAUUCCAUGAAAGCUUUUUUUUUUUUAUUUCUAUAGAAUUUUUAAAGAAUUAUGUAUCCAUAGUAACAUGAUUAGUCUGUCGUUACAUUUCUUUAGAUUGUAUUUUCUUCAUAGCAUAUUGAUAGUAUUAUCCUAUAAUCUACCUAAUUCAUAAAUAUAAACGUCCAUUUAAAGGCUUCUUUAGAAAACUUGAAAAUCAUUUGGUUUUGUUAUUAAUAUAAUGUUGUUGAGUGGGUUUAAUGCUCUUUUCCCUAGAUGUAUUUAAAGAUUUUAUUUAUCAUUUAGUAUUAUCAUUGUUUUUUUAAUAUUAGUCGGAAACAUUUAUUUUGUCAUCUGAUGCUUGUGUUCACUUAAACUCUUUUCUCCUAUUUCUUAUUUAUGAUUUAUUAUCUCAUUUUAUUUCAGUGGCUCAAAGGAAUCCAGUCAUAUUUGAAUUUAUGUUAUCACAUUCCUUGCCUCAUACAUUUAAGAUUUAAGGAAAGUUGAAGCUUCAUUCUUACCCAUCCUUGCCUCACCUCCCUUACCCUCUCUCCCUUUUACCCCCUUUGCUCCCUUUAUUGUCAUUAAAUAAUGAUAAGCUUUAUUUAUUAGUAAUCUAAAAAAAAAAAGUGUUUUACAUUGUAAGAACAUACCUGAAAGCCAUGAUUUUUUUUAUAGUAUUAUAAUUUAAGAACUGUAGUCAUAGUAUUGACUUCCUUAGAUAAGCAGGAUCCAUUAUGCUUCACACAGAACCAAGUCUUUGUACAGUUUCACUAUCACUAUUUUCCUUAGUGAACAUUAUUGAAUAAUGUGUAUGCAUAAUCACAUCUUUCUCUGCAGUGAGAGUAAGUGCUAAAUGAAGAUUAUGAUAAUACAAAGAGUUGCAUUGGAUGGACAAGAAUAUCACAUUAAUGUUACUGAUUUAGACAAGAAUUACUUUAAGUUGAUUAAGUGAGUUUUUUUUAUUGAUUAAAGUGAUAGUAUAUAUUCUGAACAUAAAUAUUGUGAUUGACAGCAAUCAUUUUUAUGUUUGAUUAACUAUAAUAUGAUUUACAUUUUUGACAAGGAUUUGCAUAAUAUGUUUUCUGAGAAUUCAUUUUAAGAACAAAAUGUACAACCUCUUCAUUGUAUUUUCAUUAUUACUAUUAUUAUUAUUAUCAUUAUCAUUAUCAUUAUUAUUAUCAUUAUUGUUAUUAUCAUUAUUCUUAUUAUCAUUAUCACCAGUACCAUCAUUGUUAUGGUUAUAAUUUUUUAUAUUUUAGACUUGAAUACAUGUGAUAGUAUUAAGAAGUUCUGCAAUGAUAUAAUACUAUGAGUAGGUCUCUGCAGUUGCUUCCAUGAUUUGAUAUUUUUACAAAAAAAAAGAAAGAAAAAUAUAUUGCUUUUGGCUGUCAGUGUCAAUAAAAGAGAGAAAUAAAAAAUAUAUCAAUGAUUGCUUCUUAUAUAUGUUUCACACUUCCUAGUAUGCACAAACUUUUCAGGGAAUGCAUGCUUUAAGUAAAGACAAGCAGUAGUGAUGAAAAAAAAUGAAACUACAGGAUAUAUUUACCAAAGGGCAGAAGUGCAGAUGUUUUCAUUAUUUAAGACAGUGGAGAUUGAACAUUUGAAAUCAUGUUGAAAGGUCUCCCACAUUUUGUUUAAUAUGUACAUAGAAUCUCAUAUCAAAUUGUUCUGCAGUAGAUGUUCCAGCUGGUAGAGAAAAUGUAGUCUUCAGUUUACUGUAACGUUUAUAAUUUUUGUUGUUUUUAUCUUGAUUAUUAUGAACAUUAUAUGGUAAUAGGACUUUCAUGGUCAUCAUUAUUGUUAUUAUCAUCAUGUUAUCAAUAUUUUUAUUGUUAGUGUUAUUAUUGCAACUAAAAUUGGAAUAAUUAUUUUGACUAACACUAGAAAUGGUAUUUUGCUCAUUGAUGUAUAAUAUUCAUCACUAUUACUGUAUUGCAACAUAUUAUUUUAUGUUUUAAUUGUAUUAUCAUUAUUUUUACAAAUAGCGUUACCAUACUACUGCUGUAAGAACUAUGAUUUUUGCAAUGACUAUGAAUGUAUCAGUAUUUUCUGAGUCAAUGAUAUUCUAGUCCCAUAUUAAGGAUCAUCUUCAGAUGAUUGUUUGUGAUUUUAAUAAACAUACUUCAUGU